UAUUAUGCAUACAGUGCUCUCUCUACAUCAGCCACCAUCCACCCUCAUUCUCCAAUCUUAAUAAAUCACACAUAAGCCAGAAUUAAUUUGGAAGAACACUUCGACAAGCUUCCUGAACUCUAUUUAGCUGUAUUAUCUCAUUUUGGAGCUUAUUGUUGUCACUUUGCUGGACAUAUGGUGGACAUUCAGAAAGGUUAUAGUAGGAUCGGACGCUUGUCUGGUGGGCGUACUCCGAAGAUGCUUCGAGAAAUCAAGGCACCAAAAUUGGUGAUGGAUGGGAGUCUACUGGAGGUUGUUGAGAUCAGUGUGACUGAACAAGAGAAAAGAACAGGAAAUGCUGCUAUGGGUAUAAAAGAUGUUUUCACUGUCUAUCUGGUUGAAACAUGCCGAGUAAAGGAUAACUCUAACAACAUUGCUCAGCUUAGUAUGGAUUCAUCUUCACUAUGGAGAAGAUACAGUGAGUUUGAACUGUUGAGAAACUAUCUGGUUGUCACUUUCCCACAUGUUGUAGUUCCUCCCCUACCAGAGAAAAGGAUGAUGGCAAUGUGGCAGCAGUUAUCCACAGUAGAUAACUUUGAUGCAGACUUUGUAGAGCGCCGUCGUAUCGCUUUAGAGGGCUUCUUGCAGAGAGUUGCUGCUCAUCCAUUGCUGUGUCAGGAUGAGCUGUUUCAUGGUUUCUUACAGGAUGCAGAAGGUUGGAAAGAAAGGGUUCACUCCACUGGCUUCCAAAUUAAGCAAGAUUCUCGCCUCAAAAGCCUGAGUGCCUCAUUUAGACUCAAGAAACCAAACAGACAAUUUGAAGAACUGAAGAGCUAUGCCACUGACCUACAGAAUAAUGUCACAUCAAUACUGAAAAUCAGAUCUAGACUAUCAGAUAGACUAUAUGGAUUACAUAAGAUCCAUGGUAACUAUGGGCGUGUCUUCAGUGAAUGGAGUGGUAUAGAACAAGAGAUGGGAGAUGGUUUACAGAGCGCUGGUCAUCAUAUGGAUGUGUACAAAGAUUAUAUUGAUGAUUAUAUGGCAGAAGAGGAACAGAUAGCUGAUCAGCUUAAAGAAUAUAUUUAUUUUGCUGACUCACUGAAGGCAGUAUGUAGGAAACAAGAAAUUCUGCAGUUUGAACUGGAGAGAUGUGAAGAUUUAUUGAAUUCCAAGAAACUACAGAAAGAUCAAAUAACUGGUAAAGCACCUCAGAAGGUGUUUUCAUUCCGAGGGAUGACCUCUAAGCUGUUCGGUCAAGAUAAUGCAGAGACAAAAGAAUCCAGAGCUCAACUCAUUUCUGAUCAGAUAACGGAUGCUGAAGAUGCUGUAGAAAAAGCAAAACAAAAUAUACAAGAUUUCACUGACAAUGCACUGAAAGAGGUUGAUAGAUUUAAAAGGCAGAAGAGUAGAGAUUUGAAGGAGAUCUUUAUUAGCUAUGCUAUUCUACAAAUCAAGAUGGCCAAGAGGGGUAUCACAGUAUGGACUAAUACUAAAGAAUGCUUUGACAAGAUGUAAACCAUCCUGUCUAACCAUCCUCAUGAGUGAUAAUACAUCAGUCAAUUAACAGUCAUCAUUGUUCCAGUAAAGUCUUGAAAGGAGACUACCAACUACUCCUACAAUUAGACACUCACUGUUAUAGAGAAAUAAUCCUCUACAUAGACUCAAGAAGUAAAUAAUUUUCUAUUAUUACCCUCAACUUUUUCAAUUUUAAAUUCUGUUAUGAUGUGACAACAAAUUCAUGUGCAAGAACAUUGAGUAUAUUGAUAAUAAAAACUGGUCACUUAUUUAAGAUAAUUCAUAAAUAUUCAUGCCAAUAGCGACUUAGCAAAUACAAACUAAGACAGGGAUAUUUGAUAUAAAACAAUGUACUUUAAAAAAUGCUUUGCUGGUUCAAAAUCACAUGAAUGCAACAACACUCCAUUACAUCUUACCCAGACAACACUUUCAGACUCUUGACACUUACAGCCUAGCACACACUAUAUUAUCCGUUUGAGAUAAAAUCUUGGGAAAUGAUAUGAGCAUGUGAUUUGAACAUUCCAUCCUGUAAAAUGUUAAUAACCUAAAUAGUGGUAUGAAUAUUGAAAUCAAAAUUCAAGUUUCCGUUUAUGAUUAAAAGAAUUCCAUUUCAUAGUGAUAUCAUAGCAAUCCUAUCAUCAGUUGCUAUUUGAAGCUGAUUUGGACCAUACUCGCAGUAAAUCAGAAUUUGGGUUUUGGGCAUUUCUAGGAUUGUUCCAACUUUCAAAUAAUUUUUUUUUUACCUUUCCAAACUUUCAUAUUUCAUGCGAAAUAAGAUUUGUUAAAAAUUGGGUCAUAGUAAAGUUCCAUACCCGGCAUUAGAAUCUGAUUUUAACUUAAUACAUUGUACAAAGGAGAUAGAAGGGUAUUGAAUCCAGAGAUUGAUCAACAUUAAUGUUGAUGUUCCACUUAGUUAAAAAAAAAGAAAAUUCAUUGUAAAAAAGAUGAAGUAAACAAAAGGAGUAAUUAUCAUGUUAUAAUUUUGAAUAGGACUUUAUGAUAGCAGUAAAGGAAGGUCCUAUUGAAUUAGGGUAUUGAGCUGUAUUAUAUCAAAUAAGCUAUGUUGUUUGAUUGUGAAUUAUUGGUUCUACAUGUGUAGUAUCAAUGCAUUUAAAAUGAAAACAAAAUGAAAUUGGCAAAUAAAGAAAGCUGUAAGAGUAACAAGGGUCUUACUACAUGCGAAAGAUCAUUCAUAUUUCAACAACAACAACAGAGCAAAGCAUUGCAUAACAAGAAGAUGAUGUAAUUGAUGUGAGAUUAUUGUUCUAUGUACUUCUUCAUUAAGAAAUAAAUGAUGCCCCAUUUUUAAGUGGACAAAAUUUACACAAAGAUGUGUUUUGCAACGGUUUGGUGUUACUUAACAGUGGAUAUAUAUACAAUAUGCUAUCAGUUUUUAGAACAAGCAAUGGGCAGAGAUUGUAUUUAAUGCAAUAUACAUACGCAAUUACAAAUUGAUGUUGGAUUGUAUAUAGAAAGAAAGACGGCCCUAUGGUGUAAAUUGACGUGUUUGCAAAUGAAAUGCAAGUGGCGAUCAUACACAUUCUUUGAUAUUUGUGAUAUUGGUGGCAAUAAUUCUUAAAAAUUAACAUUAUUUCAUACUUAUUUCUUAUCAGUGAAUAUGUAUGCAAAGCAUCUCAAUGCUAAGUGAUCAAAUGUUGUUUUUUUUUAAAUGAAAGUCAUCAGUACAUUAAAUUGUAAUCUAUGGUGUAAAAGUGUACUCUGAUGUUUAAAACGAAUUAAAUUAUGGAGGCAUUUGUUUCAAAGCAUUUGUUUCAAUGUAAAUUGCAUCCAGUUUCUAUUUUUUGCAAGCAGUUGGGGAGGUUUUCUUCCCUUAUCAAAAUGAAAAUGACACUGAUGCUUUGCCAUUGGGAAACCCUUAAACUAAUUUUUACGUAGAACAUUUAACAAACUUCUGCAUCCUUUUUCAUCUUUUAGGGGUUGGUGGUUGGUGCAUGUUUUAGCUUGUUAAAUACCAAGGGGCCUUACUGGUUUGUCAUGCUGUGUUUUUGUAUUCAGUUGUAUUAUUAAGUUAGUAUGUAAUUACUAUAUAUGCUAGUCCAAGUGGACUACAUUCAAAUUAUUGUGACUGAUUUUUUAAAAAUUAUUUCAUUAUGGUUACAUAGUUUUCUGGUAACACAUUCAAGAUUUAUAUAAGCGGUGGUAGGUAUGAUAUAGAAUCUGAUUGUGCUACUACUACAAAAGUGUUAAUGCAAGAAGGUUUCAAAAUUAUAUUGGUUUUACUAAUCAAAAGUCAAACAAAAUAUUUGUUACAAAUUAACAGCAACAAAUUAUCAAUUUUGAUGAGAGGAUUUGAAAUCUUUGUGUUAAGGCAUAUGACUGAAAAGUCACAGACUCUGACUGCAUAAUGUAUGACUUUGGCCCAAUUUGGUAAAAGAAGAUCAACAAAAAAGACGAAACAUGAAAUUACUUGAUAUGGUUAGAAAUAUUUGUUAGAGAUUAUUUUAGUUUUUUCUGAAGAAUCUGAUAGAGUAUAUGACAACAAAGAUUCUUCCAUACACAGAAGAAUUUCAUAUCUGGAUCAGUUUAAUUCUAAUACAAGUAGUGUUUCAUUAGUAUGGUCAUUGCUUACAGCACUAAAUCUUAUCAGGAAUCAAUUUGUAUUUACAAGAUCUAAAACAGAUAUCCAAGAUUCAACCAUAGGAUUAACACAUUGCUUGGCAUGUGAAUGGUUAACAGGCUUAGCUUAUGUCCAGGUACUAAUUUUUAUAUGCAAUGAUUGUACAUAUUUUCAUAUUAUUGUAUAAUUAUUAUUAUAUUAAAGGGAUUUGAAGCUGAAUAGCUAUUUUGAUCAAUUAUACUUAGCUUAUUCUGAACAAUCCAAGUAAACAUCUUUAGGUUAACAUAGAGGCUUCAGACUACUCCAAUGAAAAGAACCCCCAAAACCCAAUGUUUGAUGGCCUAAUCUUCAGAAGAAUGAACAGAAAAAUCUGUUAGGAUGUCCUAUGCACUGUAAUGUCUCUGAUGGUAUAGAAUUGUCAUGAGAGAAUGCACAAGUUGGAAAGUCAUGUCAGUGACGCACAUGUAGAGGGUGUGGUGAAUACGGUAAU